AUGUCCUGCUUACCCUUUUCACUGACCGACCUCCUGCUUGGGCCAUCCAGCAGCAGCAGCAGCAGCAGCAGCAGCAGCAGCGCGAAUGGGGCAGUGGACCUGCUGCUGCUGGGAUCCGGCUGGACGGGCUCGUUCUUGGUACCUCAAGCUCUAGAAGCUUCUCUUCGCGUGGCAUACACCACUCGAGCAGGUGCAUCGGGCUCCAUCGCAUUCGACUUUGAUGCCGCCUCGGAUGACGUGGAGGCGUUCAGGGUGUUGCCAAAUGCCAACACCGUCCUCGUCGUCUUUCCCUUUUACGAAGAGAUUGCCGUCAAGAGAUUGGUCAGGGGUUAUCUGGAUAGCCGCGACGGCGACGCAGACGCAGACGCAGAUGAGCCUGAAAAGAUGACCACCACCAAAUUCAUCGCGCUCGGCAGCACCGGCAUUUGGGAUUAUGGUCCGACAGCCCAAGCGCAGUUCGCGCCCCUGUCUCCCUCAUCCCACCCUUCGCUCGCUCGCUGCCUCGAAAAGCCCAAGCUCAGCUCGUCGCCGUGGCAAGACCGACACUCACCUCAUGUGGGCGUGCCGCGAGCCAAAGCGGAGGACUACCUAUUGUCCCUCUCGCACGGUCCAAACGACAUUCGUCCUCACCCCAUUCCCACAUCCGUACUCAACCUGAGCGGUCUGUGGGGACACGGCAGGAGUCCAAGGAGGUUCAUCGGACGCCUGGCGCCCUCCAAGGAGAGUCUUCGGAGCUUGACCAGUGUGCACUUUGUGCAUGGCAGAGAUGUCGCAAGAGCCGUGCUGGCCAUGUACGGCCAGUGGGCCAAGGCCAACGGCGAAAGGUGGUUGCUCACCAACGAGCGCGUCUACGACAUGUGGGAUCUCAUCUCGCAAUGGGGCAAUGCAGGCGAGGAGGGCAGAGAUCAUCCACCUCGCGGCCCCCAGGUGCAGUGGAUACAAGAAUUGAUUCGAGAAUCGCGUGGCGCACCGUCACUCGACGAACAAAGCAAGAAGAAGCCGCGGCGUCCCGACGUCGAUGGAACGAUUCGCAGCUUGCCCCGAAGCGUGGAGCAAUUGGGGCACGCUCUCGAUGGCACGGACUUUUGGAGCACCUUUGGUCUCGCACCAGACGUGCCGUGGGUCGAUUGA